GUAUAAUUGAAUCCUUCCUCACCAAGAAAAUACAAAUGCACAGCGCAACCCAACAUAUCACAGCACAGUCACACAACUCAUCAUCCAAACUCCCUUCCCCUUUAUAAAUUUUUCGCUUAACAAAAUUUCGUCUAUCGCCUCCAAGAGAAUAGAGGAUUAUCGUACCGGUUUUGCCUUGACCCUCUAGUCAGUCGCCGGUCACUUUCGUUACCAUGUGCGACGAUGUGCCGCAAGAUCAACACAGACAAGAAUAUAUAGUGCCGAUCUUGGACUUGAAUGGCCUCAAAGUGAUAUCUCCGCUUGGCCGUGGAGCUAAAGGCGUGGUUUUUCUGGUUGAAGAAGAGCAGUACGGUGAGUUGUGGGCUUUGAAAGUUAUAUUGAGAGAUUUGGUGGAGAAGAAGAACAACGAUGUAUCCGAUGGGAGUGAAUACAAGAGGGUUUGCUUUGAACGGCAAGUUUUGGGCCAGUUUAAGCAUCCGCUUUUACCCAGAUUACGUGGUCUUUUGGCCACCGAAAAAAUUGUUGCCUACGCUAUUGAUUUUUGUUCUGGACGUGACCUCAAUCAAUUGAGAAAGCAACAGAGCGAGAGAAUGUUCUCCGUUGAGAUUAUCAGGUUUUAUGCUGCUGAAUUGGUUCUCGCAUUGGAGCAUCUUCAUAAUCUAGGCAUAGCCUACAGAGAUUUGAAACCUGAAAACAUCCUCAUUCAAGAGAACGGCCACAUAAUGCUCGUCGAUUUCGAUCUGUCCACAAAGCUCCUUCCAAAAUUACCUCAAACUUCUCCUAUUUCCAACUCAAAUAACCCUAAACCCCACUCGUCUCACAAAAAACGAUUAUCUCUCUUUCAUGGCUGCUGCAAUUCUGGUAUCUCGCCCGACGACUCAUCGGAACGCGGUCUCAGCACGGCACCUCCGGAGUUAGACACCAUCGAAAAGUCCAACUCGUUCGUAGGAACCGAAGAAUACGUGGCGCCGGAAAUAAUCCAAGGGUACGGCCACGAUUUUGCGGUGGACUGGUGGUCCUUAGGAGUCGUACUAUACGAGAUGUUGUAUGGAGUGACACCGUUUAAGGGUGCAAAUAGGAAGGAUACAUUUUUCAAGAUUUUAACGAAAUCGCCGGAUCUCGUGGGGGAAGCGACGCCGUUGAGGGACCUGAUAGGAAAGUUACUGGUGAAAGACCCCAAGAGUAGGAUCAAAGUUGAAGAAAUCAAACGCCACGAAUUUUUUGAGGGCAUCGACUGGGCUUUGAUACUGCAAAUGGCGAGGCCACCGUACAUUCCGCCGGCAAGUUAUGAGUUUUGGGAGAAGGAGGGUAAGGAGGGAACUAUGAAAAUUGAUGUGGAGUCUUUUGUCCAGAGAAUAUUUAGCGGAAAUGAAGGUGAAAAAGAGGAAAAGGUUGUCAAUCAAGAAGACGAGACGACAGAAACAAGGGUGUGGGUUAAAGGACUCAAUAAUCACCCUCCUGAAACUGACAAUUUUCUUGUUUUUUAAUUAUUAUUAUUUUUUUUAAUCUUAAUACUCGAAGAUGUAUAGAAGUAGGAGAGGUAGAUAGUUUUGGACUAGUAUUGAAUCCAUGACAAUAUUUUUUGGUAGCUUAGUAAUAUAUUUGAUCUUCUGAAUUUACGGUAAAUAAUUAAAUUUGCAUUUUCAUUACCUUUUCAA